GUACCCACUUGUCAUACUUGGAGCUCAGGGUAGCGUAGUGGUUAGAGCGUUGGACUAGCAAGUUCAUAUCCCCGAGCUGACAAGGAGAAGCUGAUGGAGAAACACUGUAGGCAGCAUCCCAGAGACAGGACACAUCAGGUCUUUGUAGUCAGGGUAGACAGCAUCCCAGAGACAGGACACAUCAGGUCUUUGUAGUCAGGGUAGGCAGCAUCCCAGAGACAGGACACAUCAGGUCUCUAUAGUCAGGGUAGGCAGCAUCCCAGAGACAGGACACAUCAGGUCUUUGUAGUCAGGGUAGACAGCAUCCCAGAGACAGGACACAUCAGGUCUCUGUAGUCAGGGUAGGCAGCAUCCCAGAGACAGGACACAUCAGGUCUUUGUAGUCAGGGUAGACAGCAUCCCAGAGACAGGACACAUCAGGUCUUUGUAGUCAGGGUAGGCAGCAUCCCAGAGACAGGACACAUCAGGUCUUUGUAGUCAGGGCAGGCAGCAUCCCAGAGACAGGACACAUCAGGUCUUUGUUGUCAGGGUAGGCAGCAUCCCAGAGACAGGACACAUCAUGUCUUUGUAGUCAGGGUAGGCAGCAUCCCAGAGACAGGACACAUCAGGUCUUUGUAGUCAGAGUAGGCAGCAUCCCAGAGACAGGACACAUCAGAUCUCUGUAGUCAGGGUAGACAGCAUCCCAGAGACAGGACACAUCAGGUCUCUGUAGUCACUGUAGGCAGCAUCCCAGAGACAGGACACAUCAGGUCUCUGUAGUCAGGGUAGACAGCAUCCCAGAGACAGGACACAUCAGGUCUCUGUAGUCACUGUAGGCAGCAUCCCAGAGACAGGACACAUCAGGUCUCUGUAGUCAGGGUAGACAGCAUCCCAGAGACAGGACACAUCAGGUCUCUGUAGUCAGGGUAGGCAACAUCCCAGAGACAGAACACAUCAGAUCUCUAUUGUCAGGGUAGGCAGCAUCCCAGAGACAGAAUACAUCAGGUCUCUAUAGUUAGGGUAGGCAGCAUCCCAGAGACAGAACACAUCAGGGCUCUAUUGUCAGGGUAGACAGCAUCCCAGAGACAGAACACAUCAGGGCUCUAUUGUCAGGGUAGACAGCAUCCCAGAGACAGAACACAUCAGGGGUCUAUUGUCAGAGACAGAACAGAUCAGAUCUCUAUAGUCAGAGACAGAACACAUCAGGGGUCUGGAGUCAGUGUAGGCAGCAUCCCAGAGUCAGAGCACAUCAGGGGUCUAUAGUCAGAGACAGAACACAUCAGGGCUCUGUAGUCAGUGUAUGGGCUAUUGAUCUUCUUCCACACAUCAGUGUAGUCUGCUUCCUCAGUCAGCCAUGGGAAUCAGGAUGUUUUAUCAGAUGUACAGAACAUUCUCCUGCUAAUGUAUGUGGGUCGAAGAAGAGUGGAGGCCCAGCCUAUCUCUUGGCGCAGCUUUCACUCAGGCUGCCAUGGUGGCCCCUACAUGCCCAGACUCGCUGGGCUGUCUCGUCUCUGCUGUAGAGCUUGUGCGCUGACGCGGGCUCCCUGGCCCUGGCAGCACAGUACCGUCCCCUCCAUUGAAGCCCUGAGGCAAAAUGGGUACUGACGAUCUAGGCCAGGAUGCCACCACAGACCAGGAUGCCACCACAGGUCAGGAUGCCCCUACAGGCCAGGAUGCCAACACAGGCCAGGAUGCCACCACAGGUCAGGAUGCCCCUACAGGCCAGGAUGCCAACACAGAUCAGGAUGCCACCACAGGCCAGGAUGCCACCACAGGCCAGGAUGUCACCACAGAUCAGGAUGCCACCACAGGUCAGGAUGCCCCUACAGGCCAGGAUGCCAACACAGGCCAGGAUGCCAACACAGGCCAGGAUGCCACCACAGACCAGGAUUCCACCACAGACCAGGAUGCCACCACAGGUCAGGAUGCCCCUACAGGCCAGGAUGCCACCACAGGCCAGGAUGCCACCACAGAUCAGGAUGCCACCACAGACCAGGAUGCCACCACAGAUCAGGAUGCCACCACAGACCAGGAUGCCACCACAGAUCAGGAUGCCACCACAGACCCCAGGAUGCCACAAUAGCGAUGGGGGGUCACUGCUAUGCCACUGUUGCUGUAUGUACAGAAUACAUGUUGGGUGCAAAAAUAAAAAUAUAGACUCAAUAUCCACUCUAAAAAUAUAGACUUUAUAUUUACUCUAAAAAUACAGACUCGAUAUCCACUCUAAAAAUAGACUCAAUAUCGACUCUAAAAAUAGACUCAAUAUCGACUCUAAAAAUAGACUCAAUAUCGACUCUAAAAAUAGACUCAAUAUCUACUCUAA